AUGGCUGAGAGAAUGGGUAUGGCUGAGAGAAUGGGUAUGGCUGAGAGAAUGGGCAUGGCUGAGAGAAUGGGUAUGGCUGAGAGUAUGGGUAUGGCUGAGAGAAUGGGUAUGGCUGAGAGAAUGGGUAUGGCUGAGAGAAUGGGUAGGGCUGAGAGAAUGGGUAUGGCUGAGAGAAUGGGCAUGGCUGAGAGACUGGGCAUGGCUGAGAGAAUGGGUAUGGCUGAGAGAAUGGGUAUGGCUGAGAGAAUGGGUAUGGCUGAGAGAAUGGGUAUGGCUGAGAGAAUGGGCAUGGCUGAGAGAAUGGGUAUGGCUGAGAGAAUGGGUAUGGCUGAGAGAAUGGGUAUGGCUGAGAGAAUGGGUAUGGCUGAGAGAAUGGAGAACGCCUCAGAUCUGGUUCCUGGAGCUGAGGUGGUUAAAGGAUUCAACACCCUGUCUGCCUGGGCUCUGCAGAAUGGACCACUGGCCGGGAAACAGAGAAAAGCCAAUAAGACCACUCCAUUUGACUUUAACAACACAGAGGCCUGGGGCACAGACUCCUUCUAUGUCCUGGGGAUCCUGGGCUUCUGUCUCUACGUCCUGCUGGGGAUCAACUCCUUGCCCUCUGUAGGAGCAGCUCUCAGCUGGAGGGAGUUCAGCUUCGUACAGUCCAAGCUGGGCCACCUGACACUGCUGUUGUGUACAGCCCAUGGCUUCCUGUAUGGCUGGAACAAGUUCCUGCGUUCCUCCACCUACAAGUGGUACACCCCACCAGGCUACAUGCUGUGUCUGGUGCUUCCCUCUGUGGUGCUGCUGCUCAAGCUGCUGCUCAUCACCCCCUGUGUGGACCACACCGUCACCCGGAUACGCCAGGGCUGGGAGAGGGGCAGGGCAGGGAGGUAG